GCUUUUAUUGGCGGAUCGCGAGUUAACACAACGUUAUCGGGCUAGAAAACUUGGUCGAUAAGAACGCGCGCGCUCACACAAGCGUCAGUCGACAAUCAGUGCGGCUUGUGGCUUGCGGCGCGGGCGCAGCACUUCUGUACCGCACGUUAACAAAAAUAUAAACAAUAUUACACAACUGCUAUGUGCCUGGUGUUUACUAAACAGUGUUGUGACAAGGAUUGCUUUUAUUUUAAGCCGUGAAACGGUAGCUAAUUAUUAAUUCGCAAUGGCGAUGAAAGAGUGGCUGCAGUGGCUGCCGCCACCGCGGUCGCUGCUGGCGCUGCUGCUGGCGGUGACUGGUUUCAGCAGUAGGCUGUUCGCCUCCUACGUCACACACUCUCCCACCCUGCUCGUCGACACCUGCCACUCGCUCUGCAGGCUCUUUGGACUCAUCACUACACUGCUCGCAUACAAGUACGAGCGAGCUGAUGAAGGUGCGGGGCGCGAAGGUCGGCUACGGAAUACAUUUGGUUGGGCGCGUAUUGAAGUGGUCGGCCGACUAUCAGUACACGUGCUGUUUGCUUCUUUCGCGUUCUCCCUGGUGGUGAACGCGCUGCAACUCGGCGUCCACUCAUCCCACAUACAACCACCACGCUAUCCUAAAGUCAUCAUCGGCACUGCUGUCCUUGGCCUCUUACUGUAUACUAUUAACUACAUGCUGCUGGCUGGACGAGAGCUGAGCUACAGUCGCCGGUUGAGCAUGACGGAGGGCGGCGGAGUGGUGCUCAAGACGGGAUCGGCAGAACCAGUGCUGGCACACGCACCUAUCGACAUCGUCAGUAGCCUGUUUGCGAUCGGCGCCGGGCUGACCACUGAGUGGGAACCCGAGAUGGCCAGUAUAGCAGACCCCGCGCUAUCGGCGUGUGCCGCUAUAGUUCUCGUCAUAUUCAACUAUCCAUUCAUGCGUUCCGCGGGCCUGGUGCUGCUGCAGACGGUGCCGGAGGGCGUGGGGGCGUGCGAGCUGCGCGCGGCAGCGCUGCGCGUACCCGGCGUGCUGGCCAUACACGAGUUGCACGUGUGGCAGCUGCACCGCGACAAGAUCGUCGCCACCGCACACAUCUCCUACAGCUCUCAUGAAGACUAUUUGCGAAAUUCUGAACUAGUUUGCGACGUGUUCAAACGACAUGGAAUCGGCCUAGUAACUCUACAGCCAGAAUUUACUCUGACUUCAAUUAGUGGUACCGAAGAAGAGCAAAAAGCGUUAGUGGACUUUGCAAAUACUGCUUGUUCCUGUCCUUGUGCAAAAGAAUGCACUGCGCCACGAUGUUGUGCAUCACCUCUCAAGCCUGUCAUUACACGCAUUUAAUGGUACAAAAUAAAGUAAUUUGUUUUUACAUUUAAGACACGCAAGUGAGUUAUGUGUUAAAAGUGCCAAGCUCAAUGGGUACUAAAAUGCUGCAUUUUUUUAACUAAUGUUAAGAUUAAAAUAAUUUUAGAUUAGUUUUAGUCUAACCAAAGAAGUUUUACACAUUACGAGUGUAUUCUAUUUGCGAGCUAAUAUUAUAACCACGGUCUAUGAGUCAGUGAAAGUGAAUAAAAAAUCAAGAGUACCGUGGCAUUGCCGCGCUGUCACUAAACGUCAACAAGAUUCUAGUCUUAGACAGGGGUCGGCAACCUUUCUCGAGUUAGCAACCGUUUUCUCGAUGUUAUGUGUUGACGAUUUGUUAAAAACAAAUGGUCUAUAUAUCUAUUUAGAAACGUGAGAAAUAUGUACUAGAAUAUAUUUUUUGAAUACAUAAUAUGUGUGAGAGGAAACAUUUUAUUGUGGCCAACAUUGCAGUUUAUUGUACUAAAUGUGUACUAAACUAACUUCAAACUAUAAAUGAGAUGCUACAAAGACGCAGAUUGCCGAUUACUGGUCUAAGACCAUUUACUGUGAAUAGCAAGAAACUUGAGCGGGUGUUACAGUGUAAAAUUAGUUGAUAAUAGUAUUGAUUGAAAUUGGAACCAUUUUGGCUUUGGAGAUUUUGAUAUAUAGGUAUGAAAAAUGUAUAAAAAAUAAGUAUCCAAAUUAUAUAUUAUGUAUGUGAGUAAUAACCGAGCUAAAGACUUCACUUUGUCUUGAUUAAGACUACUUUGAGACAGUUUAAAUGUAGGAAUUGGGAAAUUAGACCACAAUGUAGAAGUAAACAAUUUUAUUUACAUACUUUAAACUAGUGCUUCAAAGAUUGAGUAACCACUAUAUGAGAUUAAACGAGUCUACUCUACUUGUUCCUAAUAAAAGAGCUUAAUUUACCCAUCACAGUUACAGCUUCAUUUGAGUGCCAAUUAUAAUCAGGCUUUAUUAAACUAGUAUUUAUACAAUGGAAAAAUGUUUUUUAUAAUCACAAGCUUUUAUACAACUCUUUUAGUUACAUUUUUCCAGUUAUAAUCCAGCGCAGGAUUCAAUGGCUGAAAUGG